AUGCGGGCUCACUUUGGGCAACCUGCCCAGCAGCAUCAAGGACAACAGCAACUGUUGUUUCAGUUGCAGCAACAACUGCUGGUGCUGCAGCAGCAGGUGCUUCAGCCGCAGCAGCAAGUGCCUCAGGUGCCUCAGCAGCUGCAGGUGCCUCAGGUGCCUCUGCAGGUGCCUCAGGUGCCACAGCAGAUGGUAGCGCAACUGCUCGAGCCUCAGCAGGAGCACGAACAGCAGCAACCACAUCUGCUGUACUUCACUUCUCUAAAUACUCCAGCUGUACCAUUCUCGGUUUUUGACUGCUCCACCCAGCAGGAAGCAGCAGGGCCUUCACAGUCGUCUCCAGCUUCUCCCGCAUUGGCAGAGAGAGUGGCUCACCUCACCGACGCUAUUAAUCUUUUAACAGCCACUGUGCACUCUUUAUCCAUGGCAUUUGACCUGGACACUAGUGCCCUGGAUGAAAUAAUUAAGAGAUUUGCAGAGAGUGUUGAGGCACUCUCUAGGCUUAGUUAA